GAUUUUCAGUAUCUCUCGACUCUUUCCCUGGCGCUAUAGGUACCCCUCGAUUUCUCUCUCACUGCUAUCCCCUCGAUUCGUCCCUCGCCGGCGGCAACCGUCAAUUGUGGGGGGACAGCUUUUGUAUCCUUGAUUUGGUACAAGGGCUGUUAAAAGCUCAAAGCACAGGAUACGAAAAACCCGAUACCAACACACCCUUCAAGAAUACAAGGUAAUCCGAGAUUAUGUUUUCAAAUUGAAUCAACUAGAUGAAUUGAACGAAUUUUUGUGUGGAAGCCCAUUUCUUUCCAGAUUUGAUAACCCAAAAGUUUUAUUGAUUUUGACUCUGAAUUCAUGGAGGAGCAAUUUGUACUGAGGGUUCCACCUUCUGUUGCUGAACGAAUUGAACGUCUACUGAAUGAAAAUGCUUCGUCAUCUGAAGAUCCUUCAUUGGAUUUGUCUUUCUCUGAGGAUGGGAGAAGUGGCACUUUUGCCAUUGGUGACGACCAUUUUCCAGCAUCACUUCUGGAUCUCCCCUGUGUAGUGGAAUCAUAUAAAACAUACGAUGAUACUGUGCUAAUCAAAGCUGCAGACAUUGCCCAGAUGAUUAUGGUCAGAGAACCAGGCGACCCUGCGCCAGAUUCAACCGAGUAUAGACAUGGUCUGACCCCUCCUAUGAGGGAUGCUCGAAAACGUAGAUUUCGAAGAGAGCCGGAUUUAAAUCCUGAGCUCGUACGACGUGUGGAGAAAGAUUUACUAAACAUCAUGGCAGGAGGAACUACCGAAAAUGCAGAUGUUGGAGUGGCUGAACAUCAAGAUGAUAAACAUGAGAAUUCUCAUCAUGCAAGUGCAAAGCCUGCAUCCACUCCUGCAGCGAAGCCUGAUGUGAUGGAAACUGAGACAACUGUUGGGGAGCCUGAAAGGAGCGACUCUGAUGACUCUGAUCAUUCAAUUGAUUAGGUAUAUUAUUAUGCUGUUCAGACCAAACUGUUUGUAUCUCUGAUGAAAGUUGUAUCAACCUGGUUGUAUAUGAAAAGACAUGGAGACUGGUUGUCUGUACCCCAACUCUUCAGUGAUUACAAGUUCAUUUAUUGCCCCUAGCGUCUAGAAACAGAACACUGGAUGAUUUCUUUGGUGCAUAAUUGUAAGAACGAUUCUAAUAGAGUUUUAUCUAAUGUGGAAA